AUGGCAGACCUCUACCCUCCCUCCUAUCCUACUCGCUCUCCGCCUUAUAGACACCAGGACCCUGACUCUACUCAAUACAACCACCAACAGCAGCAGCAACAACAGCAGCAACAACAACAGCAGCAGCAGCAGCAACAGCAAAAUAUGCCGUACCAGACUCCCCAACUGGUCCAGUCACAGCACUCGGGCUCAAGCAGCAACGGUAGUUCAGAGGACAUCCACGACAGCAACCAGAACUCAGACUCAAAGACAAGUGGCGACCACACACCAGGGAAGACAGACACAAAGCCACAGGCCACCUUUCUCACAAAACUCUACGCGCUCCUCGAACGCUCCGAGAACCACCACAUGAUUCGCUGGGACCCUGCUGGAGAACAUAUCAUCGUCGAGCGGCCAGAACAGCUCGCAUUACACGUUCUUCCAAGCAUCUAUCGCCAAUCGAGAUUCGCGAGCUUCUCCCGGCAACUAAAUAUCUAUGGUUUCAUGCGCAAGGUUAACUUGCGGAACGUCGAUCCCGCCAUCGACGAUCCAGACGCCAGUACUUGGUCUCACCCAACCCUUAAUCGACACUCUCCGCCUGAAGUAGUCGCAAACUUUAAGCGCCGGGUGCCACCGCGGCUUCCCAAACCUCGCAAGCGCGACACCCAGGAGCAGCCCACCAUCCCUCCUCCUCGUUCCGCAAUCGGAAUGGGCCCCGUCCCUCUCACCGUCCCCUCUUCGGUCGGUGGCGGCGCACAUAAAAUGUCUGGCGGCCCUGUGACGACAAGGGCUCGUGGCUUCUCUGCACCUGGUUCUUUCAACCCUCUCGGCCAUGGCGGUAGUUGGGGCACCAACUAUCAGCGAUCAGCCUUGCCGCCACUGACGGUUCCUUCAGACCAUUCUCAUAACAACAUCUAUAGCAGCUCGCCCCACACCCUUCACCCGAUUCCCUCUGCCGAUGAUACCAACAACUCUACCGCUUUCCCCUCCAUGUCCUCCUACAGCACCUCCAACCGGGACAUCAUGUCAUCUCAAUAUUCCUAUGGGCCCGAUCAAAGCAACUGGUCAUUCUCCAGUAGCAACGCCUCGUCUAAUGCCCAUGCCCAUAACAGCAGCUUAUCGUCACUCCUCAACCCGAGCAGUGGCGGUUAUUCGCGGCCGACGCCAACGAUCAAUACGUCUUAUGGAUCACCUUUUUCGUCAAUGCCAAUGCAAGGCGAGCAUACUGGAUCGUCUUUGUCUCCAGAUAGCCGUCCUGCGACUGGCUACUCUAUGUCCUCAGUCUCCUCCCUUCCGUACCAGGAUGACCAUAUGCACAGCGAUUAUUCCCGUCCCAACUCUAGCCACCGUCCAAUUUCUCCGACACGACCACACUCGUCAAAAUCCAACUAUCCGGCCGGGACUCUUAGCGUACGCCGUGCCCGGCGGCAUAGUCAAGCCAUGAGCCCGUACCCGAGUCCAUACGAUCAUUCGACCGAACAACAACGUCCAUCCACCUCUCCUCGCCCCGUGGUCGACGAUCAUUCCUCUUCAACGGUGGGGAAUGGCCUCCCCCGUGCCAGGAGCAUGAUUCAACUUCCGUCCGUUGAUGCGUACGGCUUUAAUGCAGGGCAGGCUGAGUUUGCAUACUCGGCCAUCCCAGGUGCCGUUGGGCCGACCUCGUCGAUGGAUAUCAGCGAUAGUUGGAACCACAGGAACCCACGGCCCUCGACUUCUACCUCUUCGAUAUCAGCUGCUUCCCAUACCUCCUCUUCUCAAGCCAACACCCCCCCUCUCACCGAUAGUUACACAGAUAUCAAUCGCUUUUCCCCAGACUUUGGUUUCGUUCAGAUGAACGAGCACCUGCAGCCUUUGCACUACAACAAAACCCCCGGUGAACUGUGAACCUUUCCUUCGCCAGUCAUGCAGCGAAGAAGUUCUUGGGCUAGCUAUAGAGUUUGAUACCGCAAGUACGGUGUCGCUUUCUUCUUUUUGGCUGUUCUCUCGUUUGUUUCUUUCGCUUCAGGUCCCGUCGGUGUCUUCUUUGAUUUUUUUGGUCGCCUUCUUUUCUUGUUCAAACAAUGUCUCUGUUAUCUCCCUUCGUCAUCCCCCUUCUUUAUUUCUUUCUCUCCGCUCUCCUGCACAUAGUGUAUAUAUAUCCAUGAACAACGACAACCACCUCCACGCAUGCCUUGUAUUAUCCCAUACCAUUCAUAGCUACCACGGACUUAGAAUCAUGCGCUCUGCCUUUGCUAUCGACGCCCCCUUUACUCAGAUGUAUCCAAUCUUGAUUGAUAACGAUUGUUCUGACGCA